AUGCCAACUAACAAAUUAUUAGGACAUGAUAUACCAGUUUCAGCUUCUAUGUCACAUAGUGACCACAGUGUACAUCAACGCAAAUCUAUUUGGGACGAUGAUUUACCUCCGGUAAAUAGUGUAAGCGUUUCUACAACUACCAAUUUCCCACUUCCGUUGAAUAGUAGCAGUAUACAGCCACAUUCUACAAUGGAUAGUAACGAUAAUAAGAAUACGAAUAACAACAAUGAUAAUGAUAUUUUUACGUCGAAUAGUUCUAUUUGGGACAAUACAGAUUUUUCAAAUACACCACAAAUAAAUCCAACAUCAGUUGGAUUAACGACUACCAUGACUACAAUGACUCCUCAUGCAGAUAUAAAUGGAAUUUUACAACCAACUCUCUGUACGAUUCAAUCAAAUUCUAUGAAUGAUACAAAUGGUAAACCACUUCCAAUGAGCAUGAAUUUAAAUUCCUUAAAUGAUCAUGUUAUCUUUGAUUUAAUCUGUAGAGCAUACAGCACAGUGAUUCAAAAACAACCAACUAAUCAUAAUUUUGUUCCUGUAGAUACACUAUAUCAUCAAGUUAAUUCGAUAAUGCCGUUGGACUAUCAUACUUUUAUAAAUAAAAUAUUAGAGAUACGUAUUUUACAUGGUUGUGAGAUAUUAAAUUCAUCCAUGGGGACAAUUAGUCAUAUCAAGAUAGAUCUUGACACAAUACCUCAUAGCAAUACUCCCUCUCUACUUAAACAAAGAAGAGAUACACAAGAAAAUGGACAGUCGCAAAUGAAUUCAUUCAUGCUUCUAAAUGCAGUAGGUUCAAACGGCUCAUAG